AUGAAGACGACGUAUUCCGUGAAUGCGCUCAAGCGCUGGUCAUGCAAAAGCAAGAAUCUACCCAGUGACACCUCGACAAUCAAAGCCAUCCACGUCUACGAUUUUGACAACACGCUCUUCUGCAGCCCGCUGCCCAACCCGCUAGUGUGGCAUUACCAGACGAUCGGCCUUUUACAGACAUAUGAGACACUAGCCUUCGGGGGUUGGUGGCAUGAUAACAGCAUUCUCGCUGCAACAGGCGAGGGACUUGAAAAGGAAGAACUCCGUGCAUGGGAAGGUCAUUGGAAUGAGACGGUGCGCGAACUCGUCGAGCUGAGCAUUGCGUCCAAAGAUACCAUCACUGUUCUGCUCACUGGGCGAGGCGAGACCAACUUCGCAGACCUCGUGAACAGAAUAUGCAAUUCGCGAAAACUCGACUUUGACUUGGUCGCCCUCAAACCGGAAGUCGGCCCUUCAGGACAGCGGUUUGACAGCACCAUGAGCUUCAAACAAGAGUUUCUGAAAGAACUGGUCUUCACCUAUCAGUCCGCCGACGAGAUCAGAAUCUAUGAGGAUAGGCCCAAACAUGUCAAAGCGUUCAAGGAAUUUUUCGAACGCCUGAACAAGUCUUUUCUCUCUCACAGAGUCGACGAGCCACCGCCGCCUCGGAAACCCAUCAACGCCGAAGUCAUCCAUGUCUGCGAGUUGAAGUCUCUUCUCAACCCAGACACGGAGAUCGAAGUUGUCCAACGCGCGAUUGCUCGACACAAUGAAGCAAUCUCUUCGGGAGCACCUACCAUGACCAAGACCCUACGCAAGCACUUGAAGAUUGAUGAGCACUUUAGCUAUUUCGGCUACAUGAUCAACCAGACCGACUCUGCCCGCCUCCUCACUCUGUUCAACAUCCGACCUGAUCUUAUUGAUAAUGGCGAAGUUCGCCUCCUUGCCUCCAGCAUUCUCAUCUGCCCCUUCUACCCUCGGAACGACAUACUGAAGAGGGUGGGUGGACGUGGCCACAAGGUCACCUGGCAAGUCACCGGCAUUGCCAAACAUGGCGACAGCAUCUGGGCCGCUCGAGUGGCACCCGUGAACGAAACGAAGAUCUACACGCAAGAUCCUACCCCAGUCGUUGUACUUGCCAUCCGAAAAGGCGCCAGGCAGAUCGACGCGAACAAGAUUACCCAAUGGCAAGAUGUUCCUCCCGACAAGGCAUUCAUGUUCGUCACCACGGUGGCCGACAAGGUCAUGUUGAAGAUCGAAGACGAUCACUCCUAUCAGCAACAUCACCGUGGCGGCCGUAAACCCUUCCGUGCGAACGACGGCAACACCGGUCACAAGCGGAAAUUUGAUGACUCCAACUUUAAGAAUAAGGAGUCCUACGCGAGAGCCGCGGGUGGAAGCGAUCGAGACGAUCAUGUCCAGAGAGGAGGCAGAUUUGCACAGCGCAAUGCACAAAGCAAGGCGAACUUCAACAAUCGCAAUAACCCUAAUGUCGGCGGAAACCGAGGCAACAAUCAAGGUACAAACACCAACGCCAGACAACGGGGUCCAGCUUCAGGUGCAGGAGGUCCCAACAGAGGCGGUAGGAGUGGUGGUGCUGCCGGCGGAGGUGGUAACCGCGGACCUCCAGCAUACCGAAGCCUCGAUGACUAUCCUCCGGGAAAUUUCGACGGCGCCAAUGACUCCAAGACCGGAACGGCAGAAAUGGUCAUGAACUAUUAG